AUGGCAACAACCUCCCUUUCUAUUUCCAUACCGAUACUAGCGAUAUGGGCUAUCUGGAUCUUAUUAUGCAGAAAGUGUUUGGAUAAUGCACUUCAGCAGCUUGUUGUUGCUGCAUCUGGGUCAUCUCAUGCCCUUCAACUUAAACAAGCCAAGGCUUUGCAGGAGACUGGGUGGUGGCCGUCCACUACUCAUGCCCAAGCCAGUAGUAAUUAUUCAAGUGCAUGCCACUGGGAUGGUAUUACUUGCAAUGCUGGUGGAAGCAUCACAACCAUCGAUAGAUUUGAUCAAGGUUUGAGAGGUCAGUUGAUCAAACUCAAAUUCUCUUUCUUCCCAAAUUUAGUCAGUCUUGAUCUUCGUUGGAACUCCCUUACGGGGUGUAUCCCACUUGAGAUAGGGAUCCUAAAGAACUUGGUCUAUUUAAGACUUAGUUUCAACAUGCUUGUCGGUCCAAUCCCUUCCACUCUGGGCCAUUUAACUAAUUUGAACACUUUAGGCCUUAGUCGGAAUAAAAUCAAUGGAUUCAUUCCCCCUGGGAUAGGGAUGCUGAAAAAUCUGACCUUUUUAUACCUUUUUUCCAACAUGCUCGUCGGUCCAAUCCCUUCCACUUUGGGUCAUUUGAUUAAUUUGGAAUAUUUAGACCUUCAUCAGAACAAAAUCAAUGGAUUCAUUCCUCCCGAGAUAGGGAUGCUGAAAAAUCUAACAUCUUUAAACCUUUCUUUGAAGAUGCUCGUCGGUCCAAUCCCUUCCACUCUGGGUCAUUUAACUAAUUUGGAAUAUUUAGACCUUCAUCAGAACAAAAUCAAUGGAUCCAUUCCCCCCAAGAUAGGGAUGCUGAAAAAUCUAAUCUCUUUAUACCUUUCUUCGAACAUGCUCGUUGGUCCAAUCCCUUCCACUCUGGGAAUAAAAUCAAUGGAUCCAUUCCCCCUGUAA